AUGCAGAUUGCCUUUGAUCUAUCCGAGGCCCUUCACUACUUACACUUCUGCACAACACCGGCAUUUGUUCAUCAAAAUGUAAAAACUAGAAAUGUGCUUAUAACUGCCAAAUGGAGGGUCAAGAUUUGUGGGUUUAGAUUGGCAAAACCUGUCAUUUCCGAUGAAGAAAAGGAAGACAUUGACUGGAAUAAAUAUGUGACUCCAGGCAGAGAGGCCGGCCACUGGGCACCCGACUACCUUACUAAUGGUCAAGCCUCUCUACAGGUAGACGUAUUUGCAUUUGGAGUUGUUUUGCUUGAGUUAAUUUCGGGAAAAGAUUUUACAAGUGACGAGAAAAUCUUAAAGGAGUCUUUCCAUUUUUUAUUUGACGGAGGGUUUGAAGAUUCUUCACAUUGCCUGGAGAAGUUGAAGGAAUUCAUGUAUCCUGUUUUGGAAGGAGAUUAUUCAUUGGUUGAUGCUAUGUGUUUGACAUUCCUGGCCAAGGGUUGUAUGGAGGAGGAUCCCCAUCAUAGACCAACCAUGAACGAUGUUUUGAAAGCUCUUUCAAGAAUUUGCUACGACUUGCUUAGGAUACUGAUGGAUGAUGUGUCUACUCAACCGACAAGUAGAAGCUUUAAGCUGUUGGCAUUUGGCAAAGCUUAG